AUGGCAGUGAAAGAAGCCGGCGACUCUGAGGAGGAUCUUAAAGAAGCAUUCAAAGUGUUUGAUAAGGAUCAAAAUGGGUUCGUUUCAGAAGCCGAGAUCCGCCGUGUGAUGACAAACCUUGGAGAGAAGAUGACUGAUGAAGAAGUUGAUGAGAUGUUUAGUGCAGCUGAUGUGAAUGGUGAAGGGGAAAUCAAUUAUGAGGAGUUAGCGAGGAUGAUGGUUAUGGAAACCUGCUUCCAUCCCAUUGGAAAGACGAAUCGGACCAAACGCCGUUGA